UAUGCACCCCCGCCUUUAUUUUAUAUUUUUAGAUCUUGUACAGUAUACUCGCCACCACAAUGCCACGAAAAAAUAAACGUUACCCUGCAGUGGCCUCUAGUGGUGAACCUUGAGUAUGUCAACAGUUGACAGUUUGAUACAACUGUCACACACAUCCCGUUGCAUGUCCAGGACGUUUUUAUUGCUUAAAUAUGUUAUAUGUACAGCUGAUUCAUUGUUAAUUACAUUUCAAAACACACACUGUAACGAAUGCCGCCAUGAUCAUCACCAAAAACGCUAAGAUACUUUAGCAAUGUUUACAACAGUAAUACGCAGUAUUGAACGGAAAGUCCGCCAUGAUGGUAAGCAAAAGACUCUGUAAAGAUGCCAUUUUAAUACUGUGUGAAACAGAGACUGUGUAGAGCACCAGGCUCUUGGUAAAAUAUUAAGGUCCCACCCACAGCUCAGUGACAGUGUAUGACGUCGGUAUGAGUACUAUGGCUGCAUAAGUGCCGGUGCUUUAAUGGCCAUAAAUGAACUUUGCUCCCUGAGACUGUUUCACAUACAGCUUUUAUAAACAUGGACAUUGAUUCUUGCAUCUGGCUAAUGCUGUGUGCAACUGGAGUGAUGGGACAGUUCCAGGUGGAGCCCUUCACUGCCACGGUUCUGACGGGCUCAGAUGCGCUCUUCACUGCCACAGUCCAGGGAACAUGGGCGGUCAUGACAUGGAAUGUCAAAGGUUUCCUGGUCCUCACCGUUCCCAGAAACGGCAACGUAUCUUCGUCCUCCAAACAGUUUUCGGCCUCAUUCUGCUCCAGCGGGGACACCGGCUGUGUGGCGUUCACCAUCCACAACGCCACACGCAUGGCGGCUGGUGAGGUCAUCUGCACGAUUCAGGGAGACUAUGGAUCCAAAUCAGUAUGGCUACAUGUACAAGAAAGUGGUAUAGUCCGUAUCAAAGAAGGGAAUAUGACAGUAGUCCAGGACCAGGAGGUUGAGUUCCACUGCGAGACAUCAGCUUGGUUCCCGAACCCAGAUAUCAGUUGGACUCUGAAUGGCGACGCGGUGGACAAAAUCCUGUACAACAGCACGAACGCCACUAGCGGGAAUUACUUCAACUCCUCCAGUUUACUGAAGUUUCAAGCCGUCAAGGAUUCUACCGUGGUGUGUUUGGCAACGUUACAGACACUCCAAAAUCCAAUAUCCAGCUCUGUCCACAUCGUGGUUGUACCCAAGCCUCCAGACUGGACUGUGCUGAUAGCUGUGGUUUGCUCCUUUGGUGGUUGUGCUCUGCUAGUUUUACUCAUCCUUGGGAUCAUCUUUUGCUACAAACGCAAGAAAGAAAAAGAAUCCAACUACCAAGAUGAAAUGACUAAGAGAGUGAGGACACAGAGCCAGUUGAGCGGUUUGAGACCGCCUGGACAGAAACAAGGUCGAGUCAAUGCAAGUUAUGUGACAGAUGGCCAAACAAGUGUUGCCACAAGUGACCUGACAGACGGUGGCUUUUUUCAGAAAACUACUUCCAAUACAUUUGAGAUGCCCGAUGCCGUGCGUAAUAACGAGAUGGAACAUGGCUACAGAAGCACCUACAACAGCGUAGAUGCCGACUUGAGAAAACACAGGCAUGCAACUAUUGUGUAAAGACUGCAGACACCCUGGAACCCCAAAGACUGAAACAUUUACCCUCGGAGCUUUUGAGGUUUUUCAGUACCUGUACAGAUCUACGAAUUUUUUUUUUGAUGUAUAUGGAAUUGUACAUAUGUUUUUUUGUUUUUUUUUACAAUGGGUAAGUAAAAACUGUGUUUUUCACAUUGAUUCAAUGUAGUAUCACAAGAUUUAGUCCAAAAUGGCGGAGUAAACAAACAGAGUUUACGAACCAAUGCAAAAUAGUAGUGUGUUGGGAUGCAGACCAUGACAAUGGA